GCCAGUCAGUUCAAUGUGACCCGGGUCCGCCAUACCGCCACGAUCCGUCUGCACGGCUCCAACAUCUCAGAGUAGAGCGCGCGCGCGCUGAGCGCACGCUGCUUUAUCAGAGGAACGAGACACUUUAACCGUCCGGUGUAAAAGUCACUUUGAGCUCGAGCCAGCAACUGCCACAAAAAGUAUCCAUUGAUGCUUUUCUCUUGACAGAGCUGAAAAUGGCUGAGGACAUUAAGGCAAAACUUGAGAAUUAUCGCACUGCCCCCUUUGAUGCCAGAUUCCCCAACCAGAACCAGACCAGGAACUGCUGGUCCAACUACCUGGACUAUCACCGCUGCCAGAAAGCUCUGGAUGCUAAAGGAGUGGACAACACCCCAUGUGACUGGUACAAAAGGGUCUACAAAUCAAUCUGUCCCAUAUCCUGGAUCCAGAAAUGGGACGACCAGAGAGCAGAGGGCAUCUUUCCUGGAAAAAUCUAACGCUGCCAUCUCCAAAGCCGUUGGUCUGCAAAGAUGUAAAUCUUCUGAGCUAAAUGUUUGUUGAAGUGGUGGGAGAACACGUGGCUCCAUCACCAUCUUUCCAAUGUUGUUGCUCCAUCCUUGAGCACUCUGUACCUGAAUGGUCAUUCCUUACCAAUAAUCGUGAAAUGUACAGCAGAUUCUGCAUUAAAGUAUCUCAGGAUAUAUUUAAGUAAG